AUGGGUAUGAUGGGCUCCCCGUCUCUCAGCAUGGACCUGCCGGCGAAGCUCCACCUGCAGCAAGAUUUUGGCUCAGGUGCCUUCAUCAAAGACACUGCCUACACUGACAUGCAUGGUACACCGAUGUACAGUCCACCAGAGUGGUUCCAGUUCCAUCGGUACCAUGGUCACUCAGCCACUGUCUGCUCGCUUGGUCUGUUGCUUUAUGACAUGGUGUGUGGGAACAUCCCCUUCAAAAAGGUUGAAGACAUCCACAGAGGACAGAUUGACUUUAGAUGCAAAAUCUCCACAGAGUGCCAGCAGCUGAUUGGCUGGUGUCUGAGCCAGCAGCCUUCUCACCGGCCAACCCUAGAGCAGAUCCUCCUCCACCCCUGGGUGACUGGCAGCAACAGUCAGCAGAAAGACAACAUCAUCUUUCAUGCCAUUACAGCUGCCUCUUCCUCAUCCUCCUCCUCCUCAAACCAGCAGAGCCCCUGA